AUGAUCACAUUUUUUCGUGCUUUGCAGCGCUCUUUCUCGUCCAAACCCGUCGAACUCGUGCUUUUUUCUUCCCAAAACUGCUCAUUGUGCGUCCAUUUCGACAAACAGCUCAAGCAUUAUCUCAAGAAGUACCCCAACAUUACGGUUAUACAGAAAAAUCUAGAGAAGGAGACUCCUGAAACUAUUGAGGUGAGCCCACUCGUUAAUUUGUUUUUCGGAGCACUUCAAUUUUUAAAAAUUGUCUUUGAGAAAGAAACAAUUUUUUAUAAGACUGCAAGCAUGUUAUGUGCUCGUGUUUUUGAUACCCCCAAAAAAGAUUAUUUGGAAAUAAGUUUUAUGGGGUUAUUCAGGCUGUGAAAACAUGAUUGUUUUCCGUUUUUUUACGUCAAAAAAACCAAUUCAGCGAUGUAAAAAACGAAAAAAAAACGGAAGAAAAACAUACGCUGAAUAGCCCCAUUACUGAAUUUUGCUGGAAUUUUUUGGUUUAUUAUCAGAGGUCGAGUAAGGUUAAAAAAUUCUGCUCUUUUGGCGGUAUAUUUUCGCAUUGCUGUUUUUUCUUUUCUCGUUCACGGUUCAGUCUUUCCCAGAAAUACAAGUACGAUAUUCCGGUUCUGGUUCACGGAGAGAAGAUUAUAUUAAAACAUCGAUUCAGCGGAGCAAUUCUCCAAGAAAAUAUCGCGGCUAAUAAAUGACGAAUAAUAAAUCGAAAGAUAGGGACGAAGUGGUGGAUUUGAUUGCGGUUCAUGGAGGUGCAUGUGCCAAGUUUGAUCCGAGUUUGGCUGAAGAUUGUCGCUAUGCCUGCGGAACAGGAACUGUUGAGAACGCGUUGACGGUGAUUCAGCAACGAAUCAGAAUUGUAUUUACUAUUCUCUUUCCAGGAUUUGGAAAGAAUUGAAAAGUUCAAUUGUGGCUUUGGCUCUCAUUUGACAAUCGACCAAGAAGUUGAAUGCGAGGCCUCCUACAUGACAUCCAAAAAUAUGAAGUUGUCAUGAGAAGAUGAACAUUGUAACUGUCAGUUUUUGUUCAGUUUUGGAGCGGUCGGCGCGAUUGCUAACGUCUUCCAUCCUUCCCGAGUGGCUCGUCAUCUGGCUCACAGCAACUGGUGGAAAAGGCGUCGUUUGCUACAUCCGUUGAUCCUCGUGGGCCGUGGAGCAGAGAAAUAUGCUGUUAAAAAUGGUAAGCGGAAAUAACGAAAAAUAGGAGAACUCACUUUGUUUCUUCGAGAUUUUCCAACGUGCAGUCCCGAGGAGCUGGUUUCCGGUUCGGCGAAGGAAAGUUACGAAAAGUACUUGCACCGGAUGCUACACCCCUACGAUACACAUGAUACUGUCGGAGCCAUCUCUAUCAAUACGAAUGUGAGUGAAAUGCAGGUCUGGAGAUGUGAGCAGAGAACUUUUCAGAAUAUGGAAGCCGAAUCUGGAACUUCGAGUGGUGGAAUCGUCUUGAAACAUUCCGGUCGAUUGGGUCACAGUUGUGUGUACGGCAGUGGAACGUGGUCGGAGAAAAGACAGUACGAAGAGCCGUUCGACGAGAUCAGCGAAAGAACCAUCUCGAUUUGUUCGACCGGACAUGGCGAGUCCCUCGUGAAGGCAGAUUUCUGCAGAGGAAUUGCGUCCCGAGUACUGUGAGUUUCUAGGAAAUUGAGAAAUAUUGAUAAACCCGAUUCGGUGUCAUAAAAGAGCAGAAAGCAGUCAUAGCAAUUACUGCUUGAAAUCAGAUGAGCAGUUGCAGAUGACGGGACCGCAUGUGCUCUAAUUGUCUUAAUCGCUCUGUCUCGUAUCAUUUCGUUUUUGCAGCGACGACGAGGAAGGGAUUAUGUACAGUGAGAUCAUCCGCGGGUUUCUACGCGAAAAAGUAGAGCCGUGAGUUCACCUUCCCCCUCUCUCCGCGCUCUAACUCAUUGAUUUUCAGAGGUGCGCGCUUUGGUGGCAUUGCAUUGAUCGCCGAUAAAUUCCGCGAGCGAAUGUCUCUCGAGUUUCUCAUUUUUCACAAUUGUCGUUAUCUUCCGGCGGCGGUUCGCGGCCGUGACAAGCAGAUCCGCGUUUUCGAAUCUCAAUUCGAUCCGGACAAUUGUAGUGGUGAUAAAUUUGUUAUCGAAUCAUUUAAUAUGCAAUAAUAAAAGAAAAGCGACUAUAACCAUGGUAUUUCUUAUAGUCUUUUUGUAUUAUUUCUUCCGUUCAGCACUGCGUUCUCCUCGCUCCAAGAUCUCUGCUAUUUUUUCUCGCUCAUGAAAAUUUUAUCGCUUAUAAAUGUGGAAUACCUUCUUCAGAACUGACGAUGCCGAGACAUCGUCCACCUGUUCACGCGGCGCCAGUACCGGCUUCUCCGGUUCCUGACGAUGAAGACGACGAUAUGCAGUUAGACGGGGCUGGAGCGAACCCAAUGAGGUGAGAAUGAAAAACUGGAAACAAAUUGGUUGGACAUCUUUUAAAAGCUUUCAAAAAUCGUCAAAAUUUUAUAUAAACCGGAAAUCUUUCAGUUCGUUCAAACUCAUAGCUGAAAUGAUCGCCGAAACGGAUGUAAAUCUCCCGACAGAUACAAUCGACGCGGAAAUAGCUGCCUUUUCUAAGUUUUCGGACACCGGCGAUUUUAAGGGAAUCCCGGUUCAUUUUGAUGCGCUCAGUUCUCUCUCCAGAAGAGCUUCAACAUACGAGAACUGGGACCGUCGAUUCAUACUCGCCGAGUAUCUCACUGCAUGUACGAAGCCACCGCUUCUUUUUUAACUUCUAAACUUUCUUUCCAGGCUGGGCAGACCUCAAACGCGAAUUAGAAUUUUACAUUUCUCGUUAUCUGAAUGACAAAGAACAUCAUGUUCUCGAUGUGGAAUUAGUGCACGCCACCUGCAUGUUCGUCAUCCUCAUCGGCAGAAUGACCGUCCAACUGCAGCUCUACGUGUCCAAACAGAAUGCGAUACAGAGCCAGGCAAAACGAGCAGCAAAAGGCCGUCCCCUCGAAGCAGAUCCAGAUGGAGAUUUGAUAAAAUGGAGAGAAGUGCAGAGACACCGAGUACGUGAAUACACUUGUUGUUCAUUCAAAAUCCAGUUGUUUUCCAGAUGAUCAACUGUUUGAUCGAAUUGCUUGAACUUCGUGUCGAUACUGUGAACGGUACAAAACGAAGGGCAAUCCAGUAUUUGUUCGCUCCGGAGCCAAUGGAACCCGAUUUCUUACAGUACAUCCCUCUUUCUUCCUUUCAGACAAACUCAUGUUUAUUCAGACGAUUUCUGGACACCGUCACUGGCCUUCUGGAAGACCCAGAGAAUAUGACACGAGCCAAUCAACAGUGGAUCGCUCAUUACUUCAGAAUCUGGAAGAUUCUGGCUGCUGACUUUGGACUGUCGACGAGUGACAUUUAUGAAGUUGAACUCUGUUUAAAUCCUGUUUUCAGACGUCGCCAACUGUAUGUUCACCGACACUCUCGAGUUGAAUUACCUCGAAGCGGCCAGCACGUUCCCGUUCAUCGAGCCCCUUGUCCAUCUGAUGAAAGAGAAUUCGGCGAGCGGCGAGUCCAGAAUAUACCGUGAGUGCAGCUCUCUUCACUUGAUUCGUCUAUCGGCUCUAUUUCAGAACCUCUACGUGUCGUACUCGAAAUGAUUGUUCGACGUGCUUGCGGACUCUACGGCGGAGACCGUCUCGACCGUCCGCCUCCGAAAGCCUACUGCAUGCUCAUCCAGUCUUUGGCUGUGAAUGCUCACGAUAUCAUGCUCCAAGACGUUCUCAGAGUGUGCGAACUGCUCCAUAACCCUCAUCCGAACGUCCGCAUAGCUACUCUUCAAGCACUCGCUGAUAUGUUCUCGUCUCCGUAUCUUUCUCCAACCCUCUGUGCUCAGUUUGCUGGUCGAAAACAUAAGCGACUCAUUAUUUUUGAAAAGAUAGUGAAUCACGCGAACGACGAGGCGACGAACGUGCGCGCGAAGGCUGUUUCACUGUUGCGCCUUCUGAUGGAGAACCGUCGGAUCCCCGAUGAGUUCAUGUGCAAUGGUCUGCUGACGUUUAUCGGUCGGCGGAUGAAUGACAAAUCGGUACAAGUUCGCAAGGCUUCCAUUCAGUUCCUCACAGUGUUCCUGGAUAACAACAGACAUGGUCACGAUGUAAGGGGGAAUUCCGGAGAAACUACAUAAAUUCAUACAUUUACAGUUCAACAGACAAGAUCAUCUAAUCAAAUUGUUUGAAUUCAGUAGACAGUUGAGACUGGCCGAGAAUCCGAGAAUGAAGGCUAUCAGUGAUGCCGAGGAAGCAUUCAAUGUGAAAAUUUCUCGUUGCAAAACUUCAUUGAUGCGAGACAUUGCUCUUUUUUUGAGAGGAGGAAUCAAAGCGAAUAGAGACGUGUAAGAAGAAUGAAGCGCGGUAUAAAGCGAAUCAAUUAAAUUACAGCAAUAUCGGCGAUGCUCUGGAAAACGUGACUGAGGUCGGAGGCGGAUCGCGUCUUGUCGCGUACUACUCUGCAAUUGACGGUUCUAUAUUGUAAAUGAAACGAAUUGCAACCAGACCAUUAUUUGAUAUUUCAGCAAUCGUGAACCGGCUUACAAAUCUAAUCCGAGAAAAGAACCGGAGAGUGGAGCCGUCGAUGACAUACUGGACUGGCUGAUUCGUCGAGCUGGAACAGAUUUCAUUGAAUAUAAAGUACUGUUUUUGAAAAUUUAAACUAAGGAAAACGGUUUUGCUUCAGGUUCAACAGAGUUUGUCUGGAAUGGAAUCAGCUGUGGAAUUGGAACAAGCCAGAAAGGAUCAGGACCAUCAGGUGCUCCAACACCGCGCUCAACUCCAGCAAUUGAUCAACAAGAUGUGCAUGGAAAUGGAGAUUUCGAAUCUCAUCGACCUUGCUCUGAGAUGUGUUUUGAUGGGAGAAACCGCAGAAAUCAAGGAAGGAAUCAAGUUCCUGACACGCUGCAAACUCUUCGAAAUCACCGGCGCGGAUGCUGCGAUCAGGUCGAUGUGCUCAUUAGUUUGGAGGCCGGCAGCUGAUGUUAUUACCGAAUUAAUCGAUGCCGCCGAGUCAAUGUUUAUCAGUAGAUUGGAUGGGAAUGAGAAGGCAUCCGAAAGAGACAAGUCAACAGUCGAGAAUUUGAUGAAGGCGAUGAGCGGAGUAGCCGAAAAGGACCGUCCGUCUGUAGAGGAAGUAAUAUAUCUCUUGGCUGCAGGCGAUUCGGACGGAGACGAUAGAAGCAACAAGAAGAGACGGCCGAUCGAACCGAAUGUGAUCACGAGACUUUGGGGAAUCGCCCUAGAUACUUCGAACAGAGCCACUCAAAGAAAGGUGGACGCUCUCCGUAUUCUCUAUCCUAUCUCACGAACCGAGAAAGGAAUCCCAGAGGCUCGUACUCGCCUCCGCUCUCUUCAGAAAAAGUUAUCGGAAGAACCAGUUAUUGCCGUCGAAGCCCUUCGAAUCAUUUCGAUUCUCAACACUCCAACGAAAAGGGAGAAGGAAUUCAGUGCAAUCCACCGUCCGAUCUUCAGAAUUCACCAGGACGACUCUUUGUUCAAGUCUCUUGAGAAGCUUUUCUUCCACGAAGUUUUGAAGGUGAAUGAUGAUCCGAAACGUGACUGGUUCGGAAUCAUCCGUCUGACGAUCACAACCAUUCUCAACGUGUCAAUGGACGUGAACGUAAUGCUUCCGAAGCUCGCUGCUCACUUUAUGCAUCGUGCCAAGAAGGUUUCCGAGUUCUACAUGUUCCAUGCCAAGCAAGCUGAGGAUGAGACGGAUGCGUUCAGAGCUGAGAAUGCGGCCCGUCGUCGCGAUUACUGGGCUCUCACUUGGUGUCGUGUAAUGGAAAAGUUGAUAGCGUUCUGCGGAGAAGUGGCCGUUCAGGUGCACGCUUACAUCCAAGUGACCCUGCCGAAGCUGCACAGCCGAUACGUGAACAAGAUGUUGGAGGCAGAGAAGGACGACAGGGAUAUUCGCGAAGAGCCGGUCCGUCUGCUCACCGACCUGGAGAAGUCGAUCGCACAAAAAAAGACAAUCUUCUCGGUGCCGAGAGACACUGCGCCAGGCACUGCUGCCAACGAACUACAUCAUCUCGUUUCGUUGAUGUGCGACAAGAGGCUGUUUCUGCCAAACAAACUUCUCGGAAGACUCCUUCCGAUUGUUGUGUACUUUAUGCGUUGCAAGACCAUGCCCACUCGGAUCAAACAGGCCGCAAUGGUUGCCUACGGAAAAUUCAUGCCAUUGAGGUAUCACUUGAUCCCUUUCUUUUCCAAAUGCAUCUAUUUUCAGUGCGGAAAUCUCUUCAUUCGCUGCUCCUUCAUUCUUCACCGUCAUGGUCAGUUCUCCAUCGGAUUUGGUCCGCUGCAAUCUGAUCGCCGCCUGUUGUGACUUCGCAUUCUCCCAGCCGACUCUCUUCGAACUCUACGCCCCGUCCCUUUUCAGAAUGUUCGUUCCUUGUCAAGUUCAUCUGUGAAAUCAGUCUCUUCCAGGUCUCAAGACGAAUCCGCUGCUGCUCGGGAAUCUGCCAUCCUUGUCCUGUCGCAUCUGAUGAGCAACGACAUGAUCCAGACGCGCGGAGUGCUCUCGGAGCCCGCUCGUUGCAUUUGCGACAACACGAGGGCUGUCAAAGAAGCUGCCCAGUCGUUCUUCAGAGAGCUCAACUCUCGCAGUGACACAAUCAUUCAACUGCUCCCCGAAUUCUUGUAUCGUCUCUCGUGCACUGGAGAACGAAUGCCCUUCAAGUCGUACAAAGUGGUCUUCGAGUAAGUGAAAAUUGUUUGAGUGAAAAAAAAACAACGGUUCUUCAGGUUCCUCAUCCAAUUGCUCAAAGAAAAAACGAAGACGAACACCGAAUCUAUGAUUGACCGAGUCUGCCUCAAAUUCUCGGGAAUCGAGUGAGUUUCUCCUUCCGUCCAAUACAACCAACAAAUAUUUCAUUUUCAGUAUGAACGACACGGAAGCUCCCAAAUAUCUACUCGUUGCCCUCGGAAAGUUUGCACAGAACGACGGAGGAAUUCAUAAGGUAAAGAAGGCGAGGUAGUGCAACUUUAUAGCCGAAUGAUUUUCAGCUUCAAGACAACUGGCGUCACUGGAGCAAGUUCCUGUGUCACCCAUCGGUCGCCAGAGAGUACCGUCAGAUGCUGGAGCAUCUGGAGAGUUCAUCGAAGAACGAAGAUUUCAAGAGCCAGUGCAACGAGCUCAUCGCCAGCAUCGAUAAGAUCCAAGAGGAAGGACUCACGAAGAAUGACAUGGCCGCUGUGCCCUCCACCACAAAAGUUAGUUUUUUUUUCUGUGAGGGAUUCGGGAAAUAAAAGGGGGAUCAUAAACUUUUGAUUGCUGUAGCGGGUUUACCCUUCGCAUUCGUUGCAAACCGAAAUGCAAAGUCUCGUCACCUCUCUCCUAUUUCUGCUUUUAACCUUCCAUUCCGCACCCAGUGUCAUCAUUGAGAACAAAGACGGAAUAAUGAAGAAGGGAUACUCGGGAGGACCAUAUUUUGGCUAAUCAUGUUCUUCUGCAAUAAAAACAUCUGAGCAUCAUCCGUUCUUUUCAAAAUUCGAAUGUAAACAAUAAUAGUCAAUUUUGAUUCAGAGAGGUGGACGCGGAAGAAAAGCAGCACCGAGAGGAGGAUCUCCGGCAUCUUCAGUUCAACGGGCUCCUCGCAGACGUCGUCGUCAAGCCACUCCGUCUUCUGACGAGGAAGACGAAGACAUGGAUAAUCAAUCGGAUGACGAGCAACGAUCCGAUUCGGACUCUGACUAA